AUGUUUAUUUAAAAAUUUAAUAAUAAUAUUAAUAUAAAUAAUAAUAAUACUUAAUAUAUUAAUGAAAAUGAAAAUUUUCUUUAAUUUAAUCAAAUAUUUAAUGAUUUAAUAUUUGCCUGUAAAGAUCAAAACAGUUCUAGAAUUAUUCAAAAAUAGUUUGAAGUCGCACCUGUUCAACUUAAAAAUGCUAUUUUUAAAAAAAUUUAUCACGAAACAUUUGAAUUAAUGAAAGAUCAAUUCGGAAACUAUGUCAUAUAAAAACUUUUUGAAAAAGGUCUUCCAGAACAUAAAAAAUAAUUAUUUUAAGUCUUAAUAGAAAAUACUUAAGACUUAUGUUUACAUACUUAUGGAUGUAGAGUUAUUUAAAAAGCAAUAGAAGAAUUAUAAGAAUUUCCUUUAUUAUAAGAAUAAAUUAUAGAUGAAUUAAGUAAUAAUAUAAUGGAUUAUAUAUAAGAUUAACAUGGAAAUCAUGUUAUUUAAAAAUUAUUUGAAUGUGUAGAUUGUUCUAAGCUUUAGGUUAUUAUUGAUGAUAUUAUUUAAAAUGUAAUUUAUUUAUACUAAGUUUUAAUUUAUUUUAUUUUUAAUUUUAUGAUAAAAAAGAUUUAAACUUUAGCAUUUCAUCCUUAUGGUUGUAGAGUUAUUUAAAGAAUUUUAGAAUUUUGUUAACCUUAAUAAACGAAAUAAAUAUAUUAGAAAUUAAAGGAAAAUUUAAUUCUUUUGUGUAAAUGUUAAUAUGGAAAUUAUAUAAUAUAAUAUAUAAUUGAAAAUGGAUUAGAAGAAGAUAAGUAAUAUUUAUUAUAAGUAGUAAAAAAAAACUUUGUAUCACUUUCUUUAAAUAAAUUUGCUUCUAAUGUAACAGAGAAGUCUAUUCUUUAUUCUAAUGAUGAAUUUAAAUAUGGAGUGCUUGAAAAUUUAUUAAGAUUAAAUUAAAAUAAUGAGUAAAAUAUAUGA